UAAAACAAAUGCGCGAAAAAAAAGGGCGUGAGGGGGAGGGCCGCGUUGCCUUCUCCAAUCUCCUUCCCUUCAUCAUCUUCUCGGCUUCCUCUCUUUUUGGCCUUUUAAACCCAAAACCACCACCACCUUCUCCUCCCUCCAUGGCUUCUUCUACAACCAACCUCUACUUCUCCUCCUCCUCUCCCUUCCUCCAAUUCCCUCAUCUCCACUCGCAGUCCCACCACCAGAGGCCCAAUCCCAGCUUCGUCUCUCUGCCCUCCAGGCGGCGCUCGCUCCGCUGCUUCUCCUCAUCCUCCUCGAAUGGGACACCCGGACGGGGAGAGGACGACCCGACCGUCAAGGAAGUCGAACGGAUCCUCGAGGAGAAGCGUCGGGCCCAGCUCGCCGCCCGCAUCGCCUCAGGCGACUUCACCGCCCAGCGAUCUGGGUGGAGUUCUGUGGUAAAGAGUGGGCUUUCGAAGCUGGGACCACCAGGGAAGCUCUUGGAGGAGCUGCUGUCGAGAUUGACCGGCGACGAUGGUUUGCCGGAGGGAGAGCAGCUAGAGAUACCGCGGGCAAAGGGGUCGCUCGGUGCUGUGGGUGGGCAGGCCUUCUUUCUCCCUCUUUACGAGCUCUUCGUCACCUAUGGAGGUAUCUUUCGGCUUACCUUUGGCCCCAAGUCGUUCCUGAUCGUUUCUGAUCCCACAAUAGCUAAGCACAUACUGAGGGAUAAUUCCAAGGCUUACUCCAAGGGUAUACUGGCGGAAAUUCUUGAGUUUGUGAUGGGAAAGGGUUUAAUCCCAGCUGACGGUGAGAUGUGGCGGGUCCGGAGACGUGCCAUCGUCCCAGCAUUGCAUCAGAAGUAUGUUGCUGCCAUGAUCAAUCUCUUUGGAGAAGCUUCGUAUAGGCUCUGCAAGAAGUUGGAUGCUGCAGCAUCAGAUGGAGAGGAUGUGGAGAUGGAGUCACUCUUUUCACGAUUGACAUUGGAUAUCAUUGGCAAGGCUGUCUUCAAUUAUGAAUUUGACUCUUUAACAUAUGAUAAUGGAAUAGUCGAGGCAGUUUACACCGUUCUGAGAGAAGCAGAGAUGCGAAGUACUUCUCCAAUACCAACUUGGGAAAUUCCAAUAUGGAAAGAUAUCUCCCCACGGCAGAGGAAGGCCACAGAAGCUCUUAAGUUGAUCAAUGACACCCUUGAUAAUUUGAUUGCUAUUUGCAAGAGAAUGGUAGAGCAAGAGGAGUUGCAAUUUCAUGAGGAGUACAUGAAUGAGCAAGAUCCUAGCAUUCUUCACUUUCUACUGGCAUCAGGGGAUGAUGUUUCUAGCAAGCAACUUCGUGAUGAUUUGAUGACGAUGCUUAUAGCUGGCCAUGAAACAUCUGCAGCAGUUUUAACAUGGACCUUUUAUCUUCUUUCUAAGGAGCCAGGAGUCGUGGCCAAGCUCCAAGAAGAGGUUGACUCCAUUUUAGGGGAUCGCUUUCCAACAAUUGAAGACAUGAAGAAAUUAAAGUACACUACACGAGUGAUCAAUGAAUCAUUGAGACUUUACCCACAGCCACCAGUUUUAAUUCGACGUUCUCUUGAAGAUGAUGUGCUUGGGAAGUACCCCAUAAAACGGGAUGAAGAUAUUUUUAUUUCUGUGUGGAACCUCCAUCGAUGCCCUAAGCAUUGGGUUGAUGCUGAUAGUUUCAAUCCUGAAAGAUGGCCUCUAGAUGGACCAAAUCCAAAUGAGACUAAUCAAAAUUUCAGUUAUUUACCAUUUGGUGGUGGGCCACGAAAGUGUGUUGGAGACAUGUUUGCUACAUUUGAGACAGUGGUAGCAACAGCAAUGCUUAUAAGACGAUUCAACUUUCAAAUGGCACUAGGAGCACCACCUGUGGAGAUGACAACAGGAGCAACCAUCCACACAACUAAGGGAUUGAAGAUGACUGUUACGCACAGGACUAUGCCUCCCAUAAUCCCCAAUUUAGAGAUGAAAAUACUGAGGGUAGAUGGUGAUCAACCUCUAGACUCGACUCCAUCUACAGUGAGGAGGAGUAUAUCUGAGGAGGAUCAGGAAGGUGAAGUCUCUACAGCCCGAAUGCCAUAAACAUCCUCCCUUUUCUUUCCUUUCCCCUUAAAAGAAGGGUUUAUUUCAUCCCCACAAACAGUUCAAGGUGUUUUAGAAUUUCACAUUCUCAUCUGCCCAAGUUGUCAAAGGGUCCCAUGUUGUCUGUAUAUUGCUGUAAAUUCCUGCAUCACAAAAGAUGCUUCUUGUUCUGGCCUUCCACUUGCUGUUAUAAAGGGACCAGUGCUUUGUAAUGCAGGCUGCUAUUUUUUCAAGUGUAAUGUCUGGCAUGAUGAACUGGACUAGGGCUUGAGAGUGCAUAUGAUGCCUAAUUGAUGCAGGAUAUGCUGUAUAGAAAUGCUGAUCACGAAUGUACUCGUGAUAGAUUGCUUACAAAAUCAGUUUAAAUAAUCAGCUUGAAGAAAUCC